AUGGCUAUUGGACUCUCUGGACAUCUAGACAAUUUACUGGGACUCGCGUCAACUGCACCCGACGCGACGACUGAAGACGAUAAUUCGAUCUCUAACUGGCUCAGCCAACCGGUUAUUGACUGGUCAGUAUCUGAUGAUCUCGACGAGGAUGAGCCAUGGCCCUCUGUGCUCGACGUUUUCGCAGGGCAACCUGAAGCCAACCCUCCAGGCUUGGUUGCCGAAGUAAUGUCACUACCCAACGCCCAUGAUCUUGUUCAUCCGCUGCUCUCAGUGUUAUCGUCGAGCCACACGAAUGACCAAAUAUAUGGGGAACUAGUUGACCUUCUAGGAUUCGACCAGAUCGACCUAGCCAGUAGUGUACUCAACCAACGACGAGUCGUCGUCAAAGAGCUUGUGCAGCUAGGCGAGUCUGGUGAUAAGCCAGCGGCUUCUACUUCCAAGCCAGAUACCCCUAGCUCGAAGCCUGACUCAGAUCUCUCUUCCCAAGCCGCGCGCAAGCGUUUGGAAAGACAACUCAAAGAGAAUGCCUCUAGACCGUUGACUACUGGCGUGAGGCCUCCUACCCCCGAAAUUCUGCCUCAUGUAUAUACCUCUUCUGGAUCUCAAGGGAAUAUUCUAUCCCAGUCCGGCAACAAAUUCCUUUUGCCAUUGGGGACCACAAGGGACCAGAAUGAGACAUACGAAGAGGUGAUAAUACCACCAGCUAAGCCUGUACCUCCCAAAACUGCGGAGCGGCUCAUUCCUGUCCCUGAAUUAGAUCCUCUUGCACGAGGAUGUUUUCCUGGUUACAGUAAUCUGAACAGAAUACAGUCUAUCGUUUACCCCACCGCCUAUGGGACGAACGAGAACAUGCUUAUUUGUGCUCCUACCGGUGCUGGUAAAACCGACGUCGCUAUGUUGACCAUCCUGCGCGUGCUGGAUCAACAUCGGUCGAAGUCCAACCCUCAGGCCCCCAUUGCGUCCACAAUCAACAGAAACGAGUUCAAGAUAAUCUAUGUCGCACCAAUGAAAGCCCUGGCCUCGGAAAUUGUCAGGAAGUUCAGCAAACGGUUACGAUGGUUAUCUGUUUCCGUUCGCGAACUAACUGGUGAUAUGCAAAUGACCAAGGCAGAGAUCGCGGAAACGCAGAUCAUAGUCACAACACCGGAGAAAUGGGAUGUCGUGACAAGGAAACCUACCGGCGAGGGGGAGAUCGCAUCCGCUUUGAAAUUGCUAAUCAUCGACGAAGUCCACCUGCUGAACGAAGAGCGCGGCGCCGUGAUCGAGACGAUCGUUGCUCGAACAUUGAGACAGGUCGAGUCCAGCCAAUCAGUCAUUCGAAUCCUUGGACUCAGUGCUACCCUACCAAACUAUGUUGAUGUUGCUGAAUUUUUAAGCGUAUCGCCCAAGAAAGGCCUGUUCUACUUCGACUCAUCCUUUAGGCCCGUUCCACUAGAGCAACAUUUCUUGGGUAUCCGCGGGAAGCCAGGCUCCGCCUUGUCGAAGAAGAAUUUGGAUCAUGUCACGUAUGAAAAGGUUUCUGAGCUGGUUGCACAAGGGCACCAAGUCAUGGUGUUUGUUCACGCCCGGAAAGAGACUGUAAAGGCUGCUCUCAAUCUGAGGGAAAAUGCUAUGCUUGAAGGCACUCUUGAUGGCUUCAGUUGCGAAACUCAUCCACAAUGGUCAUUAUUUCGAAGGGACAUAGGAGAAUCUCGCAACAAGGAAAUGAAGCAGCUAUUUGACAGUGGCUUUGGUAUUCACCACGCUGGGAUGCUACGUACAGACCGCAACAUGAUGGAACGUAUGUUUGAAGCUCGAGCCAUCAAGGUCUUAUGCUGCACAGCUACUCUUGCUUGGGGGGUGAACUUACCCGCUCAUGCUGUGGUCAUCAAGGGUACCCAGGUAUACGACAGCGGGAAGGGCAAGUUUGGUGAUCUCUCGGUGCUGGAUGUCCUUCAAGUAUUCGGAAGAGCUGGGCGCCCGGGAAUGGAGACAAGUGGAGAAGGAUAUAUAUGUACCACUGAAGAUAAACUAAACCAUUAUCUGGAACGUGUAACGUCGCAGUCUAGGUUCCAAGGAGGGUUGAUCGAUUCCUUGAAUGCUGAGAUUGCCCUCGGCACGGUGGCGAACGCCAAUGACGCGAGUCAAUGGUUGCGUUGGACGUACCUGUUCGUUCGUAUGAAGAAGAACCCCAUGUACUACGGCAUGGUAUGGGAUACAGUCAGUGACGACCCGCAUCUAGUCUCUAAACGCUCCGCGCUCGUCGAUUUCUCGGCGCAAAAGCUAGCAAACACGGGCAUGAUCACUAUUGACCCCCACACCAAGGCAUAUACAAUCACUGAUCUAGGACGGAUUGCGGCCAAAUAUUAUAUUAGGCAUGCUUCCAUUGAAAAGUUUGAACCGGUGUUCAAACCCAUAAUGUCGGAAGCGGACGUGCUUCAUAUGCUGAGUCUGAGUACAGAGUUUGAGCAAGUUCAACUCCGCGAAUCUGAGAUGGAGGAGUUGGAGGGGAUACUAGAGCUGGAUGUUAUCCAUUGCGACAUCAAGGCGAGAGGUAUUCAAGACAAGAAGGCCGGAGACAAAGAUGAGGCGGACAAAGGCGGUAAAGGCAGAGGGGGCGACAAAGAUGGGAAAGGGAAGGGGAAAGUCAUCACUUCAAGCGAAGCCAAAGUCAAUAUCCUACUGCAAGCGCACAUCUCGAACCACUAUCUGGAGGACUUUGCCCUCAUCUCAGACUCGGCAUACUGUGCUCAGAACGGUGGUCGUAUUAUCAGAGCUCUCCUCGAGAUAGCGCUCAGUCGGAAGUGGGCGGGCGUCUCUGGCGCUCUCAUGAGAAUGAGUAAAGCAAUCGAGAAACGUUUAUGGCCGUUUGAACAUCCCCUCAAACAAUUCAACCUCAAACGAGAAGCCCUCCACAACAUCGAAACAUGGGCGGAUGACUGGCCCGUCGAUCAGCUAGCGACGCUCUCGGCAAAGGAUUUGGGCGACCUCAUACACUUGAACGAACAAAACGGUUUUGCAGUACUCAACGCAGCGAAGCAGUUCCCCACAGCGAAAAUCACCUAUGAUCUCAGGCCGUUAGCCCACGACGUCUUGCAAGUUACGAUUCACCUCUAUCGCUCGUUCAGUUGGAAUGCCAAAACUCAUGGAACCUCCGAACCCUUCUGGCUUUGGAUCGAGACCAAUGAUGGUAAAUUCAUACUCCAGUUGUCCCACUUGUCUUUCAAGGCUUCUUCGGAAGACAUGGACGUUGAAUUUCUGAUACCUAUCCCCAAUGGAAACGCGCCCCCUUCCGUAACUAUCCGCUUCCUGUCCGACCGAUGGCUCUCUGCGGAAGAUGAACUCGAAGUGCCCUUAACGUCUCUUCUCAUGCCUGCCCCCUUUGACUCCCAUACACCCCUUCUCGAUCUACCUUUCCUGUCCCCGUCGGUGCUGCGAAACACACAAGCUGAAGCUUUGUUUGCCAGUCGCAUCCGAACGCUGAACGCUAUUCAAUCACAAACGUUUUGGAGUUUGGUACACACUCGACUUCACAGCUUACUGUGUGCUCCCGUCGGAAAUGGAAAAAGCAUGAUGGCGCAACUUAUCAUAUGGUCUACUGUCUUACAGUUGUCAGAGGCAUUCGUACUCAUCGUUGUGGCACGUAAGGAUGCCGCAUCCGAGUUGAUAUCCGAUCUGCAAAUGUUUGGUGGUCCGACUGGUGUAACUGUGGAUAUCUCGGAUGGCCCGCACGUACUUAAACGGUACCGAGGCAAAGUGAUUCGGGUAGUGACAGCAGCGAACUUGCGUGUUCGAAUGACAGCAAUCAACCCCAGAACAUCGAUAAACUAUAUCGAUCUUGUGAUAUGCGACCAACUGGAGAAUCUGGAUGCGCAAUACGAGCUCGGCGUUUCCCUGCUUCGACAUGCCGUCCAGUCGAGUCCCACUAGGUUCAUCGGUUUCUCAAGUUCCCUGAGUGAUCCUGUCGACCUAGGAGCUUGGUUAGGGGCUACAGUAACAGGUCUUCAUAGCUUCCGACCAAGUGAUCGAGAUCACUCCCUGGCUGUUUGCGUCAAAACGUUCACGAUACCACAAUCCGCUGCGUUAUUCAAGGCAAUGGCAAAACCUGCAUACACCGCAAUCCAGACAGCCGAAGGGAGCGAACCUGCGAUAGUGUUUGUACCUUCUCGCGGGCAAUGUCUGUCGAUCGCCAGGGAUCUCAUCACUCAGUGCACAUUGCAAACAACAAAGACUAGUGCAUUCCUUCCGCCCACUAUGUCCGAAAUAAUACUGGAAGACUAUCUUGCCCGAUUCCAGGAUCGAUUCCACGUCGAAUUCGCUUCCAAAGGUGUUGGAUUCUUCCAUUCGGGAUUAAAAAGAUCAGACCGCAUACUCACGCUGCAAAUGUAUGCGGAAGGCAUCAUUCGGGUUCUUAUUGUGCCCCGAGAAUCGUGCUGGUCUUUGCCAGUCCGUUCGUCCGUUGUCGUGGUUAUGGGCACCCAAUACUUGCAUAUCACCUCUGUCGGCGACACAGAGUCUCGCCAACUUCGAGACUACAGUCUUACGGAGCUGGUCCAUAUGCAAGGCCGGGCGGUGCAGCACUCUGGAAGGGGGCAAUUCCACUUGUUCUGUCAGGCGGAAAGCAAAGACUCCUUCCUGCGCUUCUUGAACAAAGGGUUGCCUCUGGAGUCGCAGCUGCUGAAUUCGCCACUACUGCAAUCAUGGUAUGAUGGCUGCCGAAAAUCCGGUUCCAUUGGUGACAAACAAGCAGCAGUCGACGCUCUGUCUUUCACCUAUCUUUUCUUGCGUAUAUCUAGCAAUCCAGUAUAUUACGACUGCAAAGCCAGAAGCCGCAACGUCGACUUGUCGAAGCUGGUAGACAGACUUGAAGCAGAGUACAUUGCAAAUUCUGGAUCUAUAGAUCAGUAG